AUGGAUUCCCAGGGAGACAGAUAUGUUAGGUUUCAGGACUGGAGUUCAGAGAGAUCUUUUGUCUCACCACAAUUUUCUUCAACUAACGGGCAACUUUCUUCCGUUAGGAAACCUAGUCUCAGUUCAGUCAUGAGUAGCAUUAUAAGAAGGGGAUUUGAGAUGGGUUCUGAAAGGAUGAAAAGCUUAAAGAAUCAGCUUGGAAAAGAAUCAAAUAGUGACACGAGGAAGAACAAGGUUCUUGAUCCUCAAGGUCCAUUUCUUCAGCUGUGGAAUAAAAUUUUUGUAGUCUUGUGCAUCAUGGCAGUGUCCCUGGAUCCAUUGUUCUUUUACAUCCCGGUAGUAGAUAACAAAAACAAAUGCCUGGACUUGGACGACAAGUUGAAGAUCAUAGCUUGCGUUCUUCGUUCAGUACCUGACUUAUUGUACACAUUUCACAUAUUCUUGCAAUUCCGCACCGGAUAUAUUGCUCCAUCUUCUCGAGUGUUUGGAAGGGGCGAGCUGAUUGAUGAUUGUUGGGAGAUAGCAAAACGAUAUUUGUUUUCUUAUUUCAUCGUGGACGUCUUAGCAAUUCUUCCCCUCCCUCAGGUGGUCAUCUUAAUCAUAGCCCCGAGAGUACAUGCUCCAGUUUCAUUGAUCACAAAAACCCUGCUGGAAGUUGCCAUUUUUACCCAGUAUGUGCCAAGACUUCUUCGAAUCUAUCCAUUGUACAAGGAAGUAACAAGAAAUUCUGGGAUAUUCACUGAAACUCCCUGGGCUGCAGCUGCAUUCAAUUUAUUUAUUUACAUGCUAGCAAGUAAUGUACUUGGAGCAUUCUGGUACUUGUUCACAGUAGAGCGUGUAGAUACGUGUUGGCGUAAAUCAUGUAAAAAACCUUUCUGCAGUGUUGACAGUUUGUACUGUGGAGUGUCUCGUACAGGAGACUAUUCUUUUCUAAAUUCUUCUUGCCCUCUCUUGGAACCGGACGAGAUAAAACGACCAACAGAUUUUAACUUUGGCAUAUUCCUUGAAGCUCUUCAGUCUGAUGUGGUUAUAAAGCGAAACUUUUGGGAGAAGCUCUUCUAUUGCUUCUGGUGGGGCUUGCGAAAUCUAAGUUCCUUGGGACAAAACCUCAGAACAAGCAGUUUUAUCGGGGAGAAUCUGUUUGCCAUCUUCAUCUCAAUCAUUGGCUUGGUUUUAUUUGCACUGCUUAUUGGCAACAUGCAGAAAUAUUUGCAGUCCAUCACUGUUAGAGUGGAGGAAAUGCGUGUGAAAAGGCGAGAUGUAGAGCAGUGGAUGUCACAUCGUAUGCUGCCUGAAAAUCUUCGGCACCGGAUCAGGAGGUAUGAACAGUACAAAUGGCAAGAAACAAGAGGUGUUCAGGAAGAUGCUUUGAUUAAGAAUCUUCCAAAGGAUUUGAGAAGGGACAUAAACCGUCACCACUGCUGGGCUUUACUAACUAGAGUGCCAAUGUUUGCAAAAAUGGAUGAUCGGUUGAUGGAUGCUUUGUGUGAUCGUCUGAAACCAGUUCUUUAUACUGAGAAAAGUUGCAUUUAUCGCGAGGGUGAUCCAGUUGAUGAAAUGCUCUUUCUCAUGCGUGGCAAUCUAUUAACAAUGACCACCAAUGGUGGAAGAACUGGUUUCUUCAAUUCUGUUUAUCUCAACGCUGGGGAUUUUUGUGGAGAGGAGCUUCUUACAUGGGCUUUGGAUCCUAAUUCUAGCUCCAGCCUUCCAAUUUCAACCAGAACAGUCCAAGCUGUGAAAGAUGUUGAAGCUUUUGCUUUGAAAGCUGAUGACCUGAGGUUUGUAGCCUCCCAGUUCCGGCGUCUCCACAGCAAGCAGCUCCAGCACACCUUCAGGUUCUACUCCCAGCAAUGGAGAACAUGGGCAGCUUGCUUCAUACAAGCAGCUUGGCGUCGUCAUACGAGGAAGAAACUCGAGAAGUCCUUGCGGGAGGAAGAAGAUAGAUUGCAGGGUGCCCUGGCCAAAGGAGGAAACUUAACCAGCCUUGCUGCCACUAUUUAUGCAUCCAAGUUUGCUGCCAAUGCACUACGUGCGCUACGUCGCAGUCAUCCCCAAAGUAGUGCUAGAGUAUCACCCAGAUUACCUCCUCUACUGCCUCAGAAACCAGCAGAACCUGAUUUCAAGGCUGAGAAUUAG